UAAUGGAAGUUUUCUGACCGGAAAACUUCUGGGUUUUUCCGUUAUUCUUUUUUUCCCUAAACCUCAGUGUUUCUGGUCCCGUGUGUUAUAAACAGAUUAACAUUUAUUAAGCCUUUAUAAUGCAUUUAUAACGGAAUUUUACCUCAGUAUUAUUGAGUAGAUUUUGUGUGAGACUCCUGAGCCAUGGGGAACCGCGGGAUGGAGGAGCUGAUUCCUCUCAUCAACAAGCUCCAGGACGCCUUCAGCUCCAUCGGUCAGAGCUGUCACCUGGACCUGCCCCAGAUCGCCGUGGUCGGCGGACAGAGCGCCGGGAAGAGCUCCGUGCUGGAGAACUUCGUCGGCAGGGAUUUUCUUCCUCGAGGUUCUGGUAUUGUUACUCGUAGACCCCUCAUCCUUCAGCUAGUGAACCACAAAGCAGAGUAUGCUGAGUUCCUGCACUGUAAGGGUCGGAAGUUUGUGGACUUUGACGAGGUGCGUUUGGAGAUCGAGUCCGAGACUGACCGCAUCACCGGUUCUAAUAAAGGAAUCUCACCCAUUCCCAUCAACCUGAGGGUGUACUCUCCUAAUGUACUGAAUCUGACCCUCAUCGAUCUUCCUGGUAUGACCAAGGUUGCCGUCGGCGACCAGCCACAGGACAUCGAGUUCCAAAUAAGGGACAUGCUGUUGCAGUUCAUCACCAGGGAGAGCUGUCUGAUUCUAGCCGUCACUCCCGCCAACACAGACCUUGCCAACUCCGACGCGCUCAAGAUCGCCAAGGAGGUCGACCCCCAGGGUCUGCGCACCAUUGGUGUGAUCACCAAACUGGAUCUGAUGGAUGAAGGGACAGAUGCCCGAGAUAUCCUGGAGAACAAACUACUGCCUCUGCGUAGAGGCUACAUUGGUGUGGUGAACCGCAGUCAGAAGGACAUUGACGGGAGAAAGGAUAUCCGCUCAGCUCUGGCAGCAGAGAGGAAGUUCUUCCUGUCUCACCCUGCGUACAGGCACAUGGCUGAGAGGAUGGGAACACCGUACCUGCAGAAAACACUCAACCAGCAACUAACCAAUCACAUCCGUGACACACUGCCUGGUCUGCGCAGUAAACUGCAGAGUCAGCUGCUGUCCCUGGAGAAGGAGGUGGAGGAGUACAAGAACUUCAAACCUGAUGACCCUACACGCAAAACUAAAGCCCUGCUGCAGAUGGUGCAACAGUUCGGAGUGGACUUUGAGAAGCGGAUUGAGGGAUCUGGUGAUCAAGUGGACACUCUGGAACUUUCUGGAGGAGCUCGAAUUAACCGCAUCUUCCACGAGAGAUUUCCCUUCGAACUUGUCAAGAUGGAGUUUGAUGAGAAAGAACUGAGGAGAGAAAUCAGCUACGCAAUUAAGAACAUUCAUGGUGUGAGGACAGGUUUGUUCACCCCUGACCUGGCGUUUGAGGCCAUAGUGAAAAAGCAGAUCGUUAAGCUGAAGCAGCCGUGUCUCAAAUGCGUGGAUCUGGUCGUGUCCGAACUCUCCGCUCUCGCCCACAAGUGCACAGAAAAGCUGAGUUCGUAUCCUCGACUGAGAGAGGAGACCGAGAGGAUCGUCACCACCUACAUUAGAGAGAGGGACAGCAAGACUAAAGACCAGGUAAUGCUGUUGAUUGACAUUGAACUCUCUUAUAUCAACACCAAUCAUGAAGACUUCAUUGGUUUUGCGAACGCCCAGCAGAGCUCCGCUGUCACCAAGAAGAGAGCUGUUCCCAACCAGGUGAUCAGGAAAGGUUGGCUCACCAUCAACAUCAGCAUAAUGAAGGGCGGCUCCAGGGACUACUGGUUCGUCCUGACCGCUGAGUCACUGUCCUGGUACAAGGACGAGGAGGAGAAAGAGAAGAAGUACAUGCUCCCUCUGGAUAACCUGAAGCUCAGAGAUGUGGAGAAAGGCUUCAUGUCCACCAAACACACUUUUGCUAUCUUUAACACUGAGCAGAGGAAUGUGUAUAAAGACCUGCGUCAGAUCGAGUUGGCGUGUGACACUCAGGAGGACGUGGACAGCUGGAAGGCCUCGUUCCUGCGGGCAGGAGUGUAUCCCGAGAAAGACCAGGUGGAGAAUGGUGAAGGGGCUCCAGUGGACACCAUCUCCAUGGACCCUCAGCUGGAGAGGCAGGUGGAGACCAUCCGGAACUUGGUCGACUCCUACAUCGGCAUCGUCAACAAGAGCAUCCGGGACCUCAUGCCCAAGACCAUCAUGCACCUCAUGAUCAACAGCGCUAAGGAGUUCAUCCACUCUGAGCUGCUGGCGUUCCUGUACUCCAGCGCGGAUCAGAGCGUACUGAUGGAGGAGUGUGCUGAUCAGGCUCAGCACCGAGAAGAGGUCUUGAGGAUGUACCAUGCCCUUAAGGAGGCCCUCAGCAUCAUCAGUGACAUCAGCACCACCACCAUCUCCACCCCCCUGCCCCCACCUGUGGACGACACCUGGAUCAACACAGAGAUUAGUCCUCCUUCUCAGAUGAAACAUCCUAGCUCCGCCCCUCCUCCUGGUCGUCCUCCUGCAGUGAGGGGUCCCACCCCCGGUCCUCCCCCAGGCUCCGCUCCUCCACCAAUGGCUCCACCAAUUCCAUCUAGACCCGGUCCACCACCUGUGAAUGCUUAUGGGGGAGGGGCUCUGGAGCCAAGCUCCGCCCCUCCACCACAGAUUCCCUCUCGCCCUGCCCGAGUUCCCCCUUCCAUACCACCUGGAAUCCCCAGAAGACCUCCAGCAGCUCCAAACAGGCCAACCAUCAUCCGGCCGUCUGAGCCGUCCCUGCUCGACUAAACACACGUGUACAUACACGUGGAAUGAUGAGACAGCCGUCCCUCAUUCGGCAUGCUAAUCAAAAAAAUAUUAUUAUUGUGUGUGUUCCAUUUUCUUAUAACAAAGCAUUUAUCUCUUUAAAUAAUAAGCCACACACCAACUAUGCUAACUAUCUAACGCUAAUUCUACAGUGGACAGCCGUGCAGCGGCGUAGGAUUGAUUCGAGAAAUUUAAUUUUCCUGAAAUUACGAAAGACUCAACAAAGUUAGCUAAUGGUAUUAAUAUGUUUAACUUUAGCAUGGUUUAAUAGUUAAAUAAGAGCCACAUUGUUCAACACAGUAACAUCUUACACCCAGUAAUGAAGUGUGUGUGGAAAAAACCUCUGUUUUAUGUUUAAUUGAAGUGUUUUAUAAUUCAUUUAUUCACAGUAUUUUAUAAAGAAGGCAGUUAUAUUUGAUCAGUAUGUCGCUAAUGUGCCUUAAAGAAAAUGUUUACAGAUAUCAUUAACACUUAGCUGAAAAAGGUGCUGGGAUUCAUUUGAAUAAGCUUUGUGCUAAUAAUCAGCUGUAGCAUAUUCGCUAAUGGAAUGUGUUUGCUAACAUACUAACACUAACGAGGGACCCAAACUGGAACAGUGCCUUGAUUACAACACUCCUUUAUGUUCAAGAGUCUUUACUACAGAUUUAAAGCUUUGCAUUUCGUGUUUGUUUGUAUCUCUAUGCACUUUGAUGCACAGCUACGCUGAGAAAGACGUUAGCUCAGGGUUUCAGUCCCUGCAAAAUGAUGCAAGAGAGUGUGUCGAGGAGAUUAAAAUGUAGUUAAUUACAGAAUUAGUUUAGAAUGGAAUCCGUUUUGCGAGUGCAAUAUGACGCAUUACAGCAACGAAACCGAUCUGAUCUCUUCAGCGGGACGUUACGUAUAAAUUCAUCAGCUACAUGUACAGCUAGAGCUAAAGAGAGAGAGAGCAGGGGGCGGGGCCAAGUGUGUGAGCUUUUUACAAAAUAUCGAUUAGAUCCGACUGUGUGAUUCGUUAAAAUAGUGUUUUGUCGUUAAAGCUGCAGCUACAGAACAUGGCUUUAUACCUGAUGCAAAUAUCUGUUAGCUAACAUACACACACCAGUCAUGCACUAACGUCAGUCAGUUAACUAGCAAUCAUCAGCUAGCUACCAGAGCUAAACGUGCGUGUAAACUUGCUGGCUAGCGUUAGUUAGUUAGCUCUGCUCUCUGUGACCCUCACAGUGUUGUUGUGAUUUGUUAACUCACAUUUAACCGCCAUGUGUUUAUUGCUUUAAACAGGAAGUUAGCUUAGCGAUGAUGUUGGAGCGUCGGAAGAGAUUUCACUUUAUAUUAUUGCUUUCAUAUCUACACUUCAGUAGUUAUAUAAGUUAUAUAUAGUUCAGUUUUAUCAUUGUCUUCUGCAUGCAUUGUUUUAUUUUCUAUUUUUCAGCCUGAACACUUCCUGUGUCUGGCUUUUAUUUUGAAAAUCUUUUUUAUGAAUAUUUUGUAUUUCAGCCAUCAGUGCCUUGUUCUGGUGUUAAAGUGCCUGCUUUAUGAUAAUAAUGUUCCUCAGUUACACCGAUAAACCCAAUGAACAUGAGAUAACGAGAUAACAAGAUAAUGGGAAUGUAAUAAUAAAAAAAGGGAAUUUAACUCA